AUGACCUACGACGAUUCAAACGAAGAAGGCACGACCAACAACCAGUACAUCCCCAUCAAGCCACAAAUACAGUGCCGCAAACCAUGGCCUCGCCGGGCCAAGGGCAUUUGGGAACUACUUUGUAUCGUCUUACCCGUCAUGAUGAUUGCCGAGGUAUUUGUCCCGGGCGGCGGUGGAGCUUUUGUCGCGACACACAUCCUCUUCUGCAUCAUCGGCGGUACCGGGCUGCUGUUCUUCAUCUUCGCAGAUCCCACCACCGGCAUCCCCAAGAAACUCCACCUUCGUCGUCUACCAGAUGAUGGCGGCGAUGGUUCGAGCCUGGUGGAAGUAGUCAGGAUGCGACCUUUGCUCGGAUGGAAGAGGUGCGAGAUGAUCGGUGGACGUGAGCCCCCGAAACGUGCCGGAAUCGCAGAUUGCGAUGGCGCGUAUGUCGUGUACAGGUGGCGCAGCUGGGUGGGAAGGAUACGGUGGGAGCGAGCGUUGUUUGUUGUAGGCGAUGGGGAGGCCGAGGACUGUACUGCAGCCGUGAUGACGAGGAACGGGGUGCCAGUGACGAGGCUACAAUGGCACCGCGGUGAGUGA